GGAAGAGGAGACGAAGAAGAAGGCGACCAUGUUGAUUUAAAGGAAGAAACACAAUAGAGGCGAUUUAUUUCAAGUAAAAUUCAGUUAUUAAAACGAAUUGUAAGGAAAGUAGUUGAUCAACCACACACUGAGCAUCUCUUGUAAAACAACAAAGAAACUAAGGUGACAAGUUUGAGUUGUUGGCUGACUUUGAGGAGGCAGCGGGUUGAUCACGGCCACACGCGCACACUUCACACACUGACCUGAAGACCCGUGGUGUCUGUGGGGAGAGGGUCAAACACCUGGAGGAGAAAAGAAACGCACACUGAGGACUCAAAAGGGGCGGAAAGCUUUUUUGCUUUGGACUAGAUAACCCCUUGUAAGAUUUGUGAUUUCAGGAUCCAGUUUUUUUUCUCCUGUAGACCGACACACAUCCACACAGUGGAAAUAAACGGAGAGCAUUACAGACUACAUGAUUUUGGGGGGAAACUUGUACAAAGUUGGACAUCCUUGUUUUCAAGGACCGGGAUAUUGAGCAACUUCUACGGACUCAAAGUGGAAACAGGAAGUAUUGUUCAAUUUAGAAACAGAAGUUUUAAGUAUUGAACAAAGAUUAUAUUGAAGAAACCCCAAGUUCAGAUUGCCUUAGUUGUUCUAUUUCAGGACUUGAACCGCUUUGAUACUUGUUCACAUAUAAUUUUUCUAUAUUGUGGGCAAGUAUAUUCAUGCAUAUGAAUGCAAAUUUCUCUUCAUUUUGAAGAGCUCUUGUAUAAAAACUUUUUUGUUGUUGUUCUUGUACGUCAGUCACUCUGUUGUUGAAGGGGACCGAACUGCACGUACAUGUGUAUAUGUAAAUACUAUGAAUUGACUUCUGUUGUGAAAGCUUUGGACUUAAGAAGAGAAUAUUGUUUGUUAAUGAUUUAUUAAGCUUUUUUACUUUUGAAGAGAAUUUUUAAAAAGUAAAACCUAAGAGGCAAAAAUCUAAUACCUUGAGGAAGAAGAAAAAAAACAAAAGCAAGGAAAACAGGAAAAAUGGCAACCGCCAGAACAGAAAACGUUGGCCCAGUCGUCAUGGGACUGAACAAGCAGAACGGGCAGCUCAGAGGACAGACUAAACCAGCUUCAGUCCAGCCAGCACCCACAACUCACGUAAAGACUUUGGGUGCACCCCAGAUCGCAGGUGGAGCCUCCCAGGACGGAGUAGGCAUCAAGUUUGGAGAUGAUUGGAAAAAGAGCCUAAAGCUCCCUCCCAAAGACACCAGGGUCAAAACUUCAGAUGUGACGUCCACUAAGGGGAAUGAAUUCGAAGAUUACUGUCUCAAAAGAGAACUGCUGAUGGGCAUCUUUGAGAUGGGUUGGGAGAAACCUUCCCCUAUCCAGGAGGAGAGCAUUCCCAUCGCCCUGUCUGGACGGGAUAUUCUGGCUCGGGCUAAGAACGGAACAGGGAAAAGUGGAGCCUAUCUCAUCCCACUGCUGGAGAGAAUAGACCUGAAAAAGGACCACAUACAGGCACUUGUCAUGGUGCCAACCCGUGAGCUGGCACUGCAGGUGAGCCAGAUCUCGAUCCAGAUCAGCAAACACCUCGGAGGAGUUAAAGUCAUGGCCACCACCGGGGGCACCAACCUGCGAGAUGACAUCAUGCGCCUGGAUGAGACUGUGCAUGUGGUCAUUGCCACACCUGGUAGGAUCCUGGACUUGAUAAAGAAGGGAGUGGCAAAGGUGGAUAGAGUCCAGAUGAUGGUGAUGGAUGAGGCGGAUAAGCUGCUGUCUCAGGAUUUUGUGGUGCUCAUCGAGGAUAUCAUCAGCUUCCUGGCCAAGAACAGGCAGAUCCUGCUCUACUCUGCAACCUUCCCCAUCAGCGUGCAGAAGUUCAUGGCCAAGCACCUCCAGAAACCUUAUGAGAUAAACCUGAUGGAGGAACUGACUCUGAAGGGCAUUACUCAGUACUAUGCCUACGUCACAGAGAGGCAGAAAGUCCACUGCCUCAACACGCUGUUCUCCAGGCUUCAGAUCAACCAGUCGAUCAUCUUCUGUAACUCCACUCAGAGGGUGGAGCUCUUAGCCAAGAAGAUCACUCAGCUGGGCUACUCCUGCUUCUACAUCCAUGCAAAGAUGAUGCAGGAAUAUAGAAACCGUGUGUUCCACGACUUCAGAAAUGGACUGUGCAGAAACCUGGUCUGCACUGAUCUCUUCACCAGAGGUAUUGACAUACAGGCUGUCAACGUUGUCAUCAACUUCGACUUCCCGAAGAACGCUGAAACUUACCUCCAUCGUAUUGGAAGAUCAGGGAGAUUUGGUCACCUGGGCUUGGCCAUCAACCUGAUCACAUCAGAGGACCGCUUCAACCUGAAGGCCAUCGAAGACCAGCUGGUGACGGACAUCAAGCCCAUUCCCGGCAGCAUCGACAAGAGCCUCUAUGUGGCAGAGUUCCACUCAUCCGACGCAGACUGUGAUGUGGAGGAGGUUGAGGAGAAACCAGGACGCCAACAGGACAGCACCUAAAACAGGACAGCAGGACACACGGGGGCUUUUGCACAGACAUCAGCGCUUGCUUACAAGCUUCAGGCAACUCUUCAAUUUCACACUUCUCACCUGUUCUCAGUCUGUUGAAUGGAUGUAAAGGCUGUUUAUUUUUUGUUUUUAAGCAUUUCUUUAGUUUUUCCUCAAAGACAGCUGCCUCAUUGUUUUUAAUGAAAAUUAAACUUCAUUGUUUUGCACCAAACUCCACGACGAUGCAUCCUGUGUAUGAGUUUAGCGUAUUUUUCCUAAAAUGUAUCUUGGUUAGACAGCACUUGCGAUUGAAACAGGCACAGCAGUGCUAAUGAGUAUCAAAACAGUUUUGAACCCGUCACCCUCGGAGACAGUUUUAAUUGCCAGCAGCAAGGUUGAUCUCUUUUUAUUGUUACAAUGGUGCACUUAACACCAGCCAUCGUUCUGUCCACGUACACUGUUGUUGUCACUCAAGUGCCUUACUUACUCCCAUGUGUACUCAUCCAUUCAUAGCCUGCUGUUUCUGUCAUGCAGCAGAGUACGAGCACAAAUUAUAUGAAUUUAAUAGUAACCCAAGUUUAUUUAAACAUCCGUUAUGCAAGGGGAAAAGACGCACACUGUCCUGCUGAGAGGUGUGUGUGGAAACACGGCUCAAACAUCUUUUAAAAAAACAAACAAAAAAACAUCCUGAAUGUGAACGUUUAGUUUUAAUGUGAACGUUGCAAUAAAAAAAGGGCAGCUUUAUUUAAAUACUGCGUGACUGUUUUUCCCUUUUGCUAUGAAUAAUACAUAGGCAGAGUUAAUACAAGAAGAGAUACAAGUCCCCAUACUGAUUCAUGGAUGUUGAACUGCAACCACACAAACGGCAUGCGAAACGAAUAGCAGCCCCAUGCUGUUACAUUAUGGCUUUUGCUGGUUAGUUUUCCCACAGACAGCUGUCGUCUGGAGGUUCUUUUACAUAAAAUAUCAUCAUAUUGGGCUGGUGAAUACUGUAAACCCGUCGUCCACUGUAGCUGGUAAAUAAAUGGAAAAACUGGUUUCCUGUCCUGUACGCAUCUACGGCGCAGGACUAAUGCAUCAGAGACUGGUUCAGAACAGUUUUGAUUACUAAGGUGAUGCAAAAUUUGAGUAUCAAUACAUCCAAUGAUUAAAUGGUUUCUCUGGAAUUCGGUGCAAAACAAAAGUUAGAAUUUUCUGUCAUUGUCUUUUUCCCCUACUGCUUCACAUACAGUUGAAAUACAAGGUGGACUUAAUAACGGAGCAUUUUGCAAAACCUUUGGUAAAACAUUAUUUUUGAGCCCCAUCAUGGAAAAAGUUGGUGAAUGUAUUAGUUGCCAAUGUGUACUCUCGAUAGUCCAGUGGUUGAAUGCCAAGCUCUUAAGUAUAUUUGACAGUUGUCCUUUGUAUUGCUGCUGUUGCAUUAGAAACUGCUCUACAGGCUUUUAUGAAAGUGUAUACUGGAUAUGAAAUGGUUCCACGGGCCACAGAGCGAUGAAACCUGCUCAGUCUAUAAAGGCCCACGUUGAUCGUCAAUUGAACUACGACUAAAAUUUGAAGAAAGGGUCAAUUUUCUUUCUGCUGCAGCAGCAAUAUAUAUAUAUAUUUUUAAUUUUUUCUCCCCCACCACUAUGUUUUAAAAUUAUAAAAUGUGAGGAUUAUCUUUUGUGAGGGGUGGGCUCUGUGUUUGAAAGCAAAAUUGUAGCAUCUUUGAACAGGCAGCUGUGACUUCUUUUGUUUUUGUCCUCCCCUUUAAAGAGCGUCAGUAAUGAUAAAAAGAAAAGACAUAAAAAAGUAUUUUUGCUUUUUAAAAUUUAUUUUUGAUGCUUAAAGCAGUUUGAAGGGGGAGAGUGCUGUGAGGCUCUAGCACUGGGUUACCUCUGGAGGUUUUUUUCGGGGGGGUGGGUUUGCAGCAGCCAAGUGUUUUAUCAGAUGCUCUCUGGGCGUCUUGGAUUGUUCCUUCUCUCUGGUACUUAAAGCAAAGAAAGCUUUUGAUUUAAAUUUCUUUUUUUUCCUCUUCCCUUUUUAAAAGUACACAAAAUACCCUAGUUGGCUUCAUGUUUUAAGUGCCAGAGAAAGCAUUAAGUUAUACAGGAGAGAGUUUCUGGAAAGUGUUGAAGCACUGUGAUCUUCUUGAACCUGUUCCAUGUUUGUGUGACGGACGAUCAAAGUGCUAUGAUUUGUCUUCAGCAACUCAAUCCAUUUUCCACUAGGGCAAUCUUUAUACGAGGUGUUAUGAAUCAUUUUGAGGAAACAAAAUUGUAAAUGAUUCAUUGUUUACACUAAUCGUUUACAAUUAUACAAAAAAAAGAAAAUACUUUGCUUCAUGGGUGGAGGAGGAGGAGGAGGAGGUAGACUUUGUGUUUCCCUUUUUGUUUUCCUUGAAAUAGAUUUUCAAGAUUUACAUUGAAGCAAAACCAAAAAAGGAGAAUGUCGUAUGAGUGGCACACUUAAAUGAGAGGCAUUCAGGUGUGUGUGUGUGUGUGUGAGGAGAGGCGGGAUAUGUGUGGGACUGUCUGAACAAUGUGUGUGUGAGAGGUCAUGAGACGUAUGUUUGUGACAGGCUGAGUUUUGUUAAUUGUUAGGUUUACAUGCAGCUUCAAUUAAACCUUAUCUGUGGGGGAAAAUAAUUGUCCCAUGAAGAGUUUGAGGCGGCAUGUAAGCAUAAUUGUUUUGUCUCUUUUUUUUGUUUGUUUCUGGGUGUUUUUGUGUGCAGCCUCGUCUUGUGUUUUUGUUGGCGGUGUAUCUUAAAUAUCAGUAUGAGUGUUUAAAAUGGUCAGGGAUGUGAUUUUUUGCCUUUCCAUCUCCUGCUUCCUCCAGGAGUUCAAGUUUGUGGACAUAAAUCUCAUUUCUAAUGACAACUUUCCACUUUUCAGUUCUUUUUCUAUGUUUUGUAUCUCUGAUCACAUCCCUGACAGUUAUUCCAUGAUCUCCUUUGUGAUACAAAAAACAGCAGAGUACGCUGCGUCAGAUUUAUAGCUGAACCUAUAAGGUGUUGAAUUUUCCAUGUUAUUUUGGAGGAGGUAACAUUUAAAAGUAUCUCUAGGCUGUUGGAACUAACUAAAUAAUGUCAUCCCAGACUUGUGCCCCUUUUUUUUUUUUUUAAGAACAACUUCCCUCCAUUAAAACUUCAUUUUUGCAGCUCCAGCAAUCAGUUAUAAGAUUUUACUCGCCAAAGUAAUUGUGGAGAUCUCGGAACACACCAACGUCACUAAAAACAGCUGCAAGGUGGUGUUCUUGAAAGCUCAACUCUUAACUUUGGUAAGAACAGUUUCAUCAUACACAUUUGUUCAUUUAAGCUCUUCAACAUGAAUUUGUACAUUUUGUGUUGGAGUAAACGUUCAUUAGUGGUCACAAAGGAGGUUAUGAUGAAUGCAGGUAUGAAUGUUGUGUGAUGCGUUUGAUUUUUGUCAUUUGGUGUUGUCGAGACGUCUUUGUCUGUGUGAGCACUCUGGACUGUGGAGUCAGGAGAGCUGACGGGGGUGGGAGGGAUAUUUGUCAAACACUUGUUUGAAAAGGGUCAUUUAAAAAAAAAAAAAAUUUGAAAAAGGGUGAGGAUUUGGGUAUAAAAUCGCAGCUUUGGGAUUCUACAAAUUCUAUAUUAAAUGUAAAAAGUCAACACUAGACUUAAAACUAGUAUUGCUGGCUGAACUGCCCCUAAUAUUUCUACUGUGCAUUGCUAAAUUGAAUUGAAUCCCUUAAUUUGUUACACUAAUGCAGACUCACCCACGCUUCAGGUGAUUUCACCCAAACUUAAUGAAGAACCCAGCAGAAUUUAUUGUAGUAAGCUGAGGGUUAAGUUACUGCAGGAUUUCCCUUGCAAUGUGGAUAUAAAACAGUGUGUUAAGACUCUAAAUUGGCUCUCAAAUUUUUUCAUUUUAAAUGCAGCUGUGGAUAAAGUUGCAAUCGUAUUUGCUAUACAACAUGGAGGGGAAGGAGUGUUAAUACAUUUCGAUUCUAAAUUGGCUUGCAAAAAUGUUGGUUCAGUUGAUCCCUCAUACUUAAAAAUAUUGUUUUCUUUUCAUAAACAGUCAGUUUUUGAGUUGUUCAGUCUUCUUUGUACUCAUUGGUACCUUGGUGGCCCCGAUUCUUACAAAACAAUUUCCAGCCCCACGUUCAAGUGAGUUACACCACUUUGGACUUCAGUUGUAAAUUGACUACAUGUUUAGGAUGUCUGUUCAUUUUCCUCCCUCACUGUCCCAUGAUUUCCUUUUUGUGCCAUGAGAACUCGGUAAUGAUUUUUGGGGGGGUACAGCAAAAAAAAAAAUGUAAUUCUUGCAUUGUUCAUCUUUUUAAUGCUUUUGUUUGUUUUCUUUCCUUACGAAAUGCAUUGAGAGGCACAAGGGUUUUCAACGACUUGUGUUAAUCACUCUGUCCUCUACUGUUGUAACGUGGAAAUACAUGCAGGGGUUAUAAAAUUCAAUAAAUUGAACUUAAAUUUA